AUGACAGUUAUUUUUUCUAGCUCUGUGAUGCUUAAGUCUGAGUACUUCACAUUGCAGAAGCAACUCUUUGGCAUAGACACUGACACUUUGAAGCAAUCUUAUGGUCUCUGUCUUGAAGAGGACAGUUCCAAGACAUUGCAGGUUGAAACAUAUGUUUGGUUUAACAAGAGGGAUCCAAAUUUACAUGGGGAAUGGGACUUUGAGCCAUUGUUCCCUGGAGAAAAUACUGUGGACCAGCUUGUUGAGAUAACCAAGGUACUUGGAACACCGACAAGGGAGGAAAUUCGCUGUAUGAAUCCAAACUAUACUGAUUUUAGGUUUCCACAAAUCAAAGCACACCCUUGGCAUAAGGUAUGCUUUCACUUGACUUUAGUCGUACCUCGUGGAACAACAAUUUGUUGUCUUGCUGCUUGCUGUGUGUAUCAUUCCUCUUAAAUUUUGUACUGAGAG